AUGAUCUGCACUCCUUCGGCCUCUCAUCCUCAUGGUUUCCCCGAUAAACCCGUUGAACAAUCUCUUCUGAACUAUUACUCGCAAACACCAUUUGACAGUUAUUCUUUGCCUGAGGAAGUGGUGGACUUGGUUCUACAGACACUACAGAAUGCCGGGAUAGAGGUUGUGGAGUGGGGUGCACUGCUUCUCAGGCGCAUGGGUGUUCCCCGUCUAGUAAGGGACUACUCGUAUGCGGUGCCCGACGAAGACAUCAUUGCGGCCUCUCGUAGUCUCGAGGCUCUUGGUCUUCCACUGUCCCCUCCAUCGGAUUUCAUGCUCAAGGUGGAGAGCGAUAUGGUCGCAAGAGGCCACUUCUAUCGAAUAUCGCACUUCACAGCGCCUUCUUCAAUUCAGCGCCUGGUUCUGUACCCUCUCUCUUUCGCCUCUAUACAAUUCCCCGAGCUUUCCAAAGCGCCACCACUUCAUUUAUCUCCAUCUCGAUGCCUGGAUGUCCUUGUACCACGUCCUUCAGCUGUGUUUGCGUCGAUCAUGCGUAUCAUGCUUUGCUAUCCACAAUACUGUCGCAUGCGGACGAUGCUAGAGGCAGACAUGUCGGAGCUAAUCAUGUACCAUCUUCUAGGAUAUACUCUUGAAGAUGCCGAUGGUGAUGAUGAAGAUCAGAGUGAAGACGACAACAGACGGGUAACGGCGGCCGUCCAGGUCAUCAGGAAUUGGGGAAUUAAGCGGGAAUGGGCAGAAGACGAGGAGUGGAUGGGUGAUGCUCUAGCAAGCAUUGUUACGGGAGACGGGCAUGUCAGGUAUUUACCGUCGCAGAGCUAA